CCAUCACGCACGAAUGCGUCUCGACGCACAAUGAAGGCGAAAAGGCGUGUCUUUGUUUCGUUCCUCGUCAUUUCGCAGUAUUCCAAUGGGAAGCGUCUUUUUGACAAUUGGAAAAAGGUGCAAGGACACGAAGCGAAUAGUUCAUUCGUACAUUUCACUUGUCCCAUCGCGUUCGGUGCAUUGUAUUUUCAUUUUAGGUAUUGUAUUCUCUAUCCGGAAUAAGUAUACAACACCCUUAUCGGCAGUGUGAGGAAGAAAGGUUGGUCGCGCGCAGUCUCCAUUUUGUUCUUUUGGAUGCUUCAUGGAAUUGAAGAAGACCCUGUUGAUGUUUCUGUUGAUGCUUUCCGGUCAGUGCUACAGAGACGGAGCUCCUAGGACCGCCUGCAAAACAAUGGAACCCAGACACGAUGUUGAUCCACAAGAAUCGCUGCCCCCUUAUACAAUUACCGUGGACUUCACGGGAAAGGACUUCAUAGUGAAGCUGAGCGCGAACAACGCUGGGGCCGCGUAUCGAGGAUUCCUUCUGCGAACCAUCAGAAUACAGGAUCUGCAGGAGAGCUAUCUCCCGGGAACCUUUACUGAACACAGGGAUUCUCCUAACAAGGUCCUCCAAGUGAUCUGCGACGGUCAUAGAAAGAAUGCAGUGACACAUACGACGAACGAGGCUAAGAAUCGUACCAUCGUCCACUGGGUGCCUGACCGACGACCAAGGAAACCAAUCCAAGUGGUCUUCAGGGCAACUGUGGUGCAUUCCAAGCAGAUAUUUUGGCUUCGCGUGGACUCCAAACCAGUGCUUAUUACGUCUUCUGCGGCUACGCUACUACCCGUGACGAUUUGGACGCUGUCAUUCUGCUACAGUAUUCCUCUGCUUACAACCAAUAAACAUUGAUGUAUAUCA